AGGUAUUCCGAUGCGGGAAACAAUUCUCAUGAUGGCUUGGGCCAUGAUUGGCACUGCUUUCUUUGUCUUUUUUGCUCUAAAAAUGGGGCUUACUGCUGGAUACGGAAGAUACACCAACCAGGCACAAUGGGGAAUCAAUCCGAAACUCGCAUGGUUUAUCCAAGAGUCUCCCGCUUUUUUCAUUCCUUUCUAUUUCUUGUUUGGUGGACUAUCUUCAACUGGACGUAUUUUGAAUUGCAUUUUUCUCGUUCAUUAUUUCUACAGGGCCUUGAUCUAUCCGUUCCGCAUCCGAUCGACUACAAAGUCUCCACUCUUAAUUGUUGCCGCUGCAGUAGCCUUCUGUACAUACAACGGGACCUUGCAAGGAGUUUGGAAUUCCUACUAUCAACUGGAGGAAGAAUUGACAUACCGUCAUCUUAUUGGAUCUAUUCUCUAUUUCUCUGGAAUGUUUAUCAACCACAAGUCAGACAACAUCCUGAUGACGUUACGCAAGCCUGGAGAGACUGGGUACAAAAUUCCAACUGGAUUUUUGUACGAGUACAUCUCAUGUCCCAAUUAUUUUGGAGAAAUCAUGGAAUGGAUCGGCUACGCAAUCCUCGGCUGGAACCUUCCUGCACUCGCGUUCGCGAUCUUCACGUUUGCGAACAUUGGCCCAAGAGCGAUUGCACAUCACAAUUGGUACAAGGAGAAGUUCCCGAAAUACCCACCAACGCGUCGUGCCCUAAUUCCGUACAUCUAUUAAUUUACAAUUAUUUGUUUUGUUGUAAUUUUUAUAGUUUUACUCACCUCACAUUCCGUUGAUCGGCAUCGGCAUCUAAUUUCUAAUGCUUCAAGUUUACCGUGUGAUGAAAAGUUUCUAAAAUUGCAAAUAAUUUUCAAAUAACUUUUUUUAAAUGACAUAAGUUUUUAACAGUAUCUAAAACUGAAAGUUGAAUAGG